ACAACUAGAAGAGAAACUCAAAAAUGGGUACAUGAAUCUGUCCAGCCUCCUACUAAUCUACUGAACAGUUCUGGAGUUCCUCCUCUGGUCAGCAUUGUCUUUCUACAGUUUAUCUGGUGUUUCUUCGCAGAGGGUGGGGAUUCCCCUGACCACUUUCAGGCAUGGACUCCUGGGACUCUCUUGGCUUUUUGAUCCUUGUCCUCAACUACAAUGUGACAAUUAUAGGAAAGAUUUGGUUAACUCUAACGGUUCUGCUGAGAUUACUGGUGAUCCUCUUUGCAGCGUACCCUCUUUACCAAGAUGAGCAGCAGCUUUUCAUCUGCAACACCAAUCAACCGGGAUGCGCCAACGCAUGCUAUGACAUGUUUGCACCCAUAUCCCACUUCCGGUUCUGGCUCAUUCAGACCACCUCUGUCCUGCUCCCUUAUACUCUGUUUUGUGUGUAUGUGUUUCACAUCGUGGCCAGGCAGCUUGUGAAGGCGCGUUCCCUGCCUUAUCGUCGUUACAAAGAGAUCAAAGCCACCUCAGGCUACAAAAUGUCCAAGAAGUCUUCCAAAGGGGCAGCAGGAAGCAGAGUCUGCUGCAAAGCAAACAAAAUGGAUAUUCCAGAUUUUUCCAAAGCAUAUAUAGUCCAGCUUCUUCUGAGAAUGCUGAUCGAAGUCUGUUUUGGGGCAGGCCAGUACUAUCUUUUUGGAUUCUUUGUUCCCAGACACUUCAACUGUGAAGCGAGACCGUGUCCACAUUUCAUCAGCUGCUAUGUUUCCAGGCCCACCGAAAAAACUAUCCUGAUGUUCUUCAUCUGGGGACUCAGUGGCUUCUCCUUCCUCCUUAGCCUCAUUGACCUGACCUUUGCCUUCAGAAGCAGCAUUGUCAGAAAACACCGAAAUAAGCUACUGAGUGGGUUUUUGGUGGAGGCGAGGUACAGUCCCGCCCAACACCAAGGUGAUAAUUCCACUUUGGAAGAGGAGGCCAAGACAUUCUAA